CAUAUAAAGUGUUUUUGGUUAAAGUAAGUUGUUGUGUAGCCUAUGUUAUGUAUUAAAUUCAUUAUCAUUUUUAUUUUUGUUUAACUUGGAAAAUAAUGUGGGCUUCCAAGUUGGGUUUCCUAUGGAAUAAUAAACUGUCAUGCAAAAUAAUUACCACCAAUUGUAAAAGUAAUCUUUUCACUUCUUCAAAAUGCAAUGCUGGGCACUCAAAAUGGGCAAAUAUAAGGCACAUAAAAGCUUUGAAAGAUGGACAAAAAUCGGCAUUGUUCACAAAAUAUGCACGACAAAUCCGACUUGCUAUCCAAGACGGUGGAUCAUCUGAUCCUGCUCUUAACGUUCAAUUGAGAAAUGUGAUGGACGAUGCUUUGCGGAAAAAUAUGCCUAUGGCAACUAUUCAGAAUUGUAUUAAAAAAACGACGGCAAGUAAAACACUCCUGAAAAAAUAUUUCCUCUGCUGGCGUUUUCGACACAAAGUCUUUGCCAUAUGUGCGCUCUAUACUGAUAACUUUCCUCAGUUGAAAAUGGAUUUGGCUGCUGUUCUGCGAAAAUCUGGAACAGUUUAUAUUGAGGGACAACAUAUGUUUGAUGAGGUUGGUAUCAUUGAAGCUAUUGCCAAUCAAGAUAGUAUAUCCAAAAGCAAAUCCCUGGAAGAAUUUGAACAGAUCUGCACCGAAGAUGCCAUUGAAUGUGGAGUAGAAGAAGUGGAAGUGCUUGAUGAAACUAAGGGCACAGUUAAUUUUUUUUGCGAUCCUGUCCAGUUGACUACAAUAUCUCAAGUAUUGAAAGAGCGAGGGUACUUAGUAGAAAAUGCUGAACAUUUAUUUGUUCCAAAGACAACGGUUGAACUCUCAGAAGACGAAUUUAAUGCGUACCAGAACUUCUUAACUAAAGUCCGAGAAUUUUCUGGCGUAGAAGAAAUUUAUGAUAAUGUUAAAGUUUGAAAAAAGAAAUAAAUACAAUAUUUUACCAUUUUUGACAAAGGGUAAAUAACUUUAUAAUGCUGUUGGAA